AUGGAACAAUCAUUCACAGAUCAGUCUUUCACCGACCUCGUUAUUGGGGCUAUGGGUCCUAAGACCACACCCAAGAUGAGACGUAUUUUGGGAUCACUUAUUCAGCAUAUUCAUGAUUUUACUCGUGAAAACCAUAUCACUGUUGAUGAGUGGUUGGCUGGUGUCGAAUUUAUCAAUCGCAUUGGCCAGAUUUCGGACGACAAGCGGGAUGAGGGUAUCCUUGUAUCAGAUGUGUUUGGACUUGAGUCGCUGGUGGAUUCACUCACGAAUCAGAUUGGUGGUGCUGCUGGUCAGUCUACUGAAACUGCUAUUAUUGGACCAUUCUACAGAUCAGGCUCGCCUAGAUAUCCUAAUGGAGCUUCUAUCAUUCAAAAGGAUGUUGGCGGUGAAUUAGCUUGGGUUCAUGGCCGAGUUACUGAUAAACAGGGCAAACCGCUAGCCGGUGUUGAACUUGAGGUCUGGCAUACUGCUCCAAAUGGAUUGUAUGAACAGCAAGAUCCAGAUCAACCUGAGUAUAACUUACGAGGAACUUUUACGACUGAUGAAAAUGGAAAGUAUGAUUAUAUCUGCCUCCGCCCUACAAGCUACCCAAUUCCCUAUGAUGGACCUGCCGGUGAUCUAUUGAGAUUGAUGGACAGACAUCCUAAUAGACCUUCUCAUAUUCACUGGAGAGUCACUAAGCAAGGCUAUCACUCUCUUAUUACACAGAUCUAUGACAGUCGAGACGAUUACGUUACCAAUGAUGCUGUUUUUGCUGUCAAAGAUGGGCUUGUUGUUGAGUUCACUGACGCCUCUGAUGAGGCUAAAAAGAGAAAUGUCCAAUUUGAGCUUGCCUAUGAUAUUACUCUUUCUACCAGUGACGAGGCUGCUGCUGCUCUCAAGAGAAGAGACGAGAUUCUACUAAAAAAGGAGCAAGAACUUGCCAAGACUGGUCAAGUACAAACUGCUUAUCGAAACGGAUCGCAUUAG